AUGAAUUCCCUAGUUUCAGAAUCCCAUUCCUUGCUUGAUCGUGAUAGAAUAAGAUCCGACGCAGAUUCACUCAUUCAAAUAAACCAACAGAAACAAAAAGAGCGUUUUAACAGGUCUCAUAAGAAACCUACCCAAUAUAAAAUAGGUGACCUAGUUCGCGUCGAAAAAGAUAUCCGUACAGAUCCUGGGCAGAGUCGCAAAUUGUUACCUAAAUGUGUGGGGCCGUAUAGAAUCUCUAAAAUAAUUGGUAAUGAUCGGUAUGAGAUAGAGGAUACUCCAAUUACUCGAAAAGCAGGUUCAAAACCUUAUAGGUCGAUUUAUGCCGUCGAUAAAUUAUACCCCUGGCUUGUCUAUAGUUAUGAUGCUGUAUCGAGUGACUCAGAGUAA